CAAUUAAGCAUAUAUUAAUGCUGUGGAAAAUGCACACACAGUUUGUGUUAAAUUUUCGAGAAAAAUGGACUUCACCAGCGACUACGCGCAUCGGCGUAUGGUGAAAUUCCUGACGAUCACACUGAUAGUCUUUAUGACCGCCUUCGGACUCCUGGCCAAUCGAUAUCAGCCGGGCCAACGUGACAGAUUCCGCUUCUCAAAGGCAUAUCUGGCCUUCGCUUCGCUGUGGGCAAUUGCAUUCAGCUUGGUUUACGGGCGGCAAAUCUACAAGGAGUACCAGGAGGGUCAGAUCAACCUGAAGGACGCCACCACUCUGUACAGCUAUAUGAACAUCACGGUGGCUGUUAUUAACUAUGUGUCGCAGAUGAUAAUCAGUGACCAUGUGGCCAAGAUGAUGAACAAAGUGCCUUUCUUUGCUACCCUAAAAGCAUUACGUCUGGACAGCAGGUCACUGUACAAAUCCAUCGUUUUGGCCCUGGUCAAGACAGUGGCUUUUCCUCUGACAAUUGAAGUGGCUUUCAUACUGCAACAGAGGCGGCAGCAUCCCGAGAUGAGCUUGAUCUGGACCGUGUAUCGGCUGUUUCCCUUGAUUAUUUCGAAUCUUCUCAAUAACUGCUACUUUGGCGCAAUGGUGGUGGUGAAGGAAAUGCUGUACGCUCUGAACAGCCGGCUGGACGCGCAGCUGCAGGAGGUGAAUCUGCUGCAGAGGAAGGACCAGCUAAAGUUGUACACUAGAUAUUACCGCAUGCAGCGAUUUUGCGCCUUGGCGGAUGAACUGGACCAGCUGGCGUAUCGCUAUUGGUUGAUAUAUGUACAUUCGGGAAAGUAUCUGACUGCAAUGUCCUUGUCCAUGAUUCUGUCGCUCAUCUGCCACCUGCUCGGUAUAACGGUGGGCUUCUACAGUCUGUACUACGCCAUAGCGGACACCGUUAUCAUGGGCAAGCCGUACGAUGGUCUUGGAUCGCUGAUCAACCUGGUUUUCCUCGCCAUCUCGCUGGCGGAGAUCACAUUGCUCACACAUUUGUGCAACCACCUUUUGGUGGCCACCCGAAGAUCGGCAGUCAUUCUCCAGGAGAUGAAUCUCCAGCAUGCGGACAGUCGCUACCGUCAGGCAGUCCACGGCUUCACCCUACUGGUCACGGUGACCAAGUACCAGAUUAAGCCCUUGGGCUUGUACGAGCUGGACAUGCGACUGAUCAGCAAUGUCUUUUCGGCGGUGACCAGUUUCCUGCUGAUCCUCGUGCAGGCCGAUCUGUCCCAGCGCUUCAAGAUGCAAUAGCUAAUCGAUGUUACCCACCUGGCUGAACUGCAUCAGAUUCCCGGACUGCGGGGAAUAAUAUUAAAUGUUAGUAAGCUAUAGCUCUGCACAUUACAAGC